CCCCCCACCCCAAUUGGUUGCUACCCAAUCAGCAUGCCCAUAAUAAAAGAGUCAGAUCCUGAGAAAUUGAGAUUGGGGAAAUAGGAAGGUUGCAUAUACAAUACAACCACCACAGUCUUAACAACCAACUCCCAAAUUCAAUAAUGCUGUUUAUAGUCGUUUCAUGGACAAUACUCUGAACCAUCCUCAUGGCCUGGGACUACCGACACUUCAUGUUCCAUAGUCGAAAGCCCCCAAAGAACGUCUGUCGGUGUCACCUCCUUAUAUUCGCCUCAAGACCUUAAAACCCAAUCCCAUACAGAGAAUUGGAACCUUUCGCCCCCCUUUCUCAACCUGACGGAAUUCUAGAGUCCAGGUCUCCUUUGUCUCAACUCAACUACUAACUACUGUUUUUAUUUGUUGGAGCAUUUGAAUAACUCGUAAUGCAGCUGUUUUUAAUAGCAAGCAGUCUGACCCUAUUGUACUGGUACUUCUCAAAGCUCAAGUAUCUAGAAAAGAGUUCCUACAGGCGCAGGAAUCAGAACCAGCAUUGGUUUCAGAGGAAACACAUCCAAAACUGCAGCCGAUGGUGUUCUCAGAUAGAUUACAACUGCAGCGCGGCGCCUACGGUAAAGAGACUAGUAUAGCAGGUUGUUUUUAGGCGCUGGAAAGGGAACCUGGUGGAUGGGGCAAAUAGGAGAGUCUCUACUCUGCUACUAGUCCUCUGAUGGCUGAAGCUCUAGGUCUGCAUAUGGGCUAUGGCUAUCAAGCUUGCCGUGGAUAUGAAAAUGCAUCUUUGAAUCAGAUAAGUCAGUUAAUCGUUGAAGCAGUUGUUCAAUAGAUACAUAGAGAGAGUGUUGCAGCACAGAGAAUCUGUCACAGUUUUUUUAUGUAAAAAAGAAAGAAAUUAACGUUUUAGAAUUAAACUAAAACAAUUCGAAUUGGUUUCUUAUAAAUUAGCAAAUUAAAGGCCCUUCUUUAAGCUUUAUUUCUAUUGCAAUUCCGUUGUUCAAAAUGUCUGGUUUAGAGGACUCAUCUCUGUGUAACGUGUUUAGCUUGGGACAAAUGAUUAUCAUCCUAAUGGAGAAAAAAAAUCUCAAUAAUCAAUCAAAUUAAAAAUAAAAUUGACUUAAGCUGAUUUCAAUCUAAAUUAAGAUACCACAAAAAAGAAUUAAAUUAUUUUAAAAUUAUAAUUUUCUCUAAUUUGAUAAAGAAAUUAGUUUUUAUUGAAUUUUAAUACUUAACAUUAACUUUCAAAAUCAAUUAGGUGGUUUGACAAACACCAAGAAUUAAUGAAGGCAAUAAUAAUCAAUAGAAUCAAAAUUUGAGACUACUAAUAUGAUCAGAACUUGAAGUGAAAAUGUGAGAUUUUCACUAUUUAAUUACAACAAUCAAUAAUAAUUCCAUAUUUAUUUUUAUUAACUAUAAAAUAAGAUGAAAAUCUAUCAUUUAGGGAUAAUUAUUGAUAAAGUAUAAUUUAGCUUGUUGAAAACACAAUUAGUAUAGGAAGUGUUGGAUAGAUUUGUGGAGUGUCCAAUCAGAUCACAGCAUUUGGAAUGAGGAAAGUUGUAAGUGGAGCAGGGGGUAGCAUAUAAGUGCCCAGUAGAAGCUUGAGAAAGAAAGGGGAGAGUUCCUUUUUGUAAUCGGUUUGUUUUGUUAAUAGAAAGGCAAUGAGAUGGACCUGUCAUCAAACUGGCAAAACAAACACACCUUUCAAUUAACCCACAUAGAUUUGAACGUGCUGAUUGCUUUGCUCCUCAUUUUUCAUGAAAAAUAUUAAAAUAAAAAUAAAAAUGCAACUCUCUCUGUUUCUUGAAGCAAAUCCUUCUCUGUUGAUUUCCCUUUCAAUCUCCACCUGGAAAUCCUCCAUUUUUCUUUUGUUGUUUGUUGUUACAGGAGAUCCUCCAUUUUCAUAUUCAUUCACUCACCCCGCCAUAGCCAUAGCCUACUUUCUAAGUUAACUCCUCAACUACUCCUUUUACGACAUCCCAACCAUACACUCUUCUCUUGUUAAAUGCUUGGUUUUUCAUCUCUCUUUCGGACUGACCCUUUACACCCGUUUCUGUUUUCACUCCAGAAUUCAGGUUAAUUGGGUGCCAAACGAGAUGAGGGUAUCUCCUUGGAUUUUUCUGCUGCUACUUGUUUCUUGCUUCAUUAAUAGAACUUUUGCUCAUCAGAAACCACGAACGGAGAGGAUUUCAGGAAGUGCCGGUGAUGUUUUGGAAGAUGAUCCAGUUGGAAGGUUGAAAGUGUACGUGUAUGAGCUCCCAAGCAAGUACAACAAGAAACUUCUGCAGAAGGACCCCAGAUGUCUCACCCAUAUGUUUGCUGCUGAGAUCUUCAUGCACAGGUUUCUCUUAUCUAGCCCAGUCCGAACCCUUAAUCCUGAUGAAGCAGAUUGGUUUUACACCCCAAUAUACACCACUUGUGACCUUACACCUACUGGCUUGCCAUUGCCCUUCAAAUCUCCACGGAUGAUGAGAAGUGCGAUACAGCUUAUCUCUUCCAAUUGGCCUUAUUGGAAUCGCACAGAAGGGGCUGAUCACUUCUUUGUUGUGCCCCAUGACUUUGGAGCCUGCUUCCACUAUCAGGAAGAAAAAGCUAUUGAACGGGGUAUUUUUCCGUUGCUCCAGCGUGCUACUUUAGUUCAAACUUUUGGACAGCGGAAUCAUGUGUGCUUGAAUGAGGGUUCAAUUACAAUUCCUCCAUAUGCUCCCCCUCAAAAGAUGCAAGCCCGCCAGAUACCCCCAGAAACUCCACGGUCCAUCUUUGUCUACUUUCGUGGCUUGUUUUAUGACGUAAAUAAUGAUCCCGAAGGCGGUUACUAUGCGAGAGGUGCAAGGGCAGCUGUUUGGGAGAAUUUCAAGAACAAUCCUCUGUUCGACAUCUCGACAGAACAUCCAACUACAUAUUACGAAGACAUGCAAAGAGCUAUAUUCUGCCUGUGUCCUCUUGGUUGGGCCCCAUGGAGUCCAAGACUAGUUGAAGCAGUGGUUUUUGGGUGCAUUCCUGUCAUCAUAGCAGAUGACAUUGUUUUACCAUUUGCAGAUGCUAUCCCAUGGGAGGAAAUAGGAGUCUUUGUGGCAGAAGAAGAUGUCCCUAACUUGGAUACCAUUUUAACAUCUAUACCAACACAAGUCGUAUUGAGGAAGCAGAGGCUUCUUGCAAAUCCAUCAAUGAAAAGAGCUAUGUUAUUCCCACAACCUGCACAAUCAGGAGAUGCAUUCCACCAAAUACUGAAUGGCCUGGCUCGGAAACUGCCACACGACAAUAGUAUUUACCUGAAGCCUGGUGAAAAGGUUUUGAAUUGGACAGCAGGACCUGUAAAGGACUUAAAACCUUGGUGAAAAUGUAUUUUCCAGAAUAGAAACGAAAAUUUUCAAAAUUUCUUGUAGAGAUUUUUUUUUCCUUAUACAUAUAUACAUACACCUGCUUUUGCCCUCUUUGGCAGCAACUGCAGUGGUUUUGGUGUCAGUUUCAGUGCUGUAGGCUGUAUUAAUGAAGUUACACGCCAUUUCUCACA